GGUAUAAAACUGGAUCCAAGGGUCGCAUUUUCCCCAGGCCUCAGCAUCAGCAUACUCGUUGCAGUCGAGCCCUGACAAACCGACCCCCCCGAAUUCAAACAUCAAACCUCGAACACCAACCAUGGGAGUCGGCAGCAUCAUCGUCGUUAACAACACGAACGAGCCGUGCCACGUCUUCGUGUCCAAGUACUCGCGCUCGUCCGCGUCCGACGACUGGUUCACGCUGCAGCCCCACACGCGCGAUUCCUGGGAGCGCGCGGGCUGGGAGCUCGUCGCGUUCAAGAACGGGAACGAUACCGACCGCGCGGGCCUCUACGUCCCCACGAACACCACCGUCACGUAUAACGGGCUUCACAGCCUCGGCAGGUCCUGAAAGCGCAACCGCGAUGCCGAGGGUGACAAGGUAGUACUACUAGUACUGCUCGAAAUGUACACGCGGCCGAAGUGCAAUGUCCAAGUAUCUUAAGUUGUUGUAGAACGUCUGUAACUUGAA